AUGGACCUUAUUAAGUACAUCUUUGAAAAGCUUGCCUUCAUAGGGAAGAUCUCCCAUUGGCAGAUGUUGAUCUCCAAGUUUGAUAUUGUGUUUGUGGUGCAAAAGGCCAUCAAGGGCCAAGCCAUAGCCGAUUACCUAGCGAACCAUCCAUUGAACGAUCCAGAAUUUUCAAAAUCCCUCUUCUUAGAUAAGGAUGUUUUGGCAAUAAAGCCAGAACCAAGCAAUGUAGAACCAUGGUGUUGGAAGCUUUAUUUCGAUGAAGUUGUCAAUAGCACUGGAAAUGGAGUGGGAGUAGUUCUAGUAUCCCCGAAGGGACAACAAAUCCCUGUUUCAGUCAAGCUGAAUUUUGAUUGCACCAACAACAUCAUCGAGUACAAGGUGUGCAUAGUAGGCCUGCAAGUUGCCUUAGAGUUCAACGCAUACGGUCUAAGCAUCUUUGGAGAUUCCCUAUUGAUCGUGUCCAAAUAG